GCAGCUCAGAACAGACAAAAUGACACAGGAUUAUUUUGGGUUCUCCUUAGUUAGAAGUGUGCCUAAUAAUGGCACAGUGGCAGUCAACAACCCGGCGGAUAUCUCCGUGAUUGUGAUCUACUUUGUGGUUGUCCUGGCAGUCGGAGUAUGGGCUAUGGUGAGCACAAACCGAGCCACCGUAGGUGGGUUCUUCCUGGCAGGAAGAAGCAUGGUGUGGUGGCCAAUUGGGGCAUCCCUCUUUGCGAGCAACAUUGGCAGUGGGCAUUUUGUUGGCAUCGCAGGGACUGCGGCUGCAGGUGGACUUGCCAUUGGCGGAUUCGAAUGGAAUGCCCUUGUGGUGGUGAUCAUUCUUGGAUGGCUCUUUGUUCCCAUUUACAUCAAAGCUGGGGUGGUGACCAUGCCAGAGUACUUGAGGAAGAGGUUCGGAGGCCAGCGCAUCCGCAUCUAUCUCUCAGUGCUCUCACUCUUCCUCUAUGUCUUCACUAAGAUCUCAGCAGAUAUGUUUUCUGGAGCCAUCUUUAUUAACCAGGCUCUGGGGCUGAAUAUCUACCUUGCUGUGAUUCUCCUGCUAAGUAUCACGGCUCUAUACACCGUCACAGGUGGACUGGCUGCAGUGAUCUACACAGACACAUUGCAGACCAUCAUCAUGGUCGUGGGAUCUUUCAUCCUCAUGGGUUAUGCCUUCAAUGAGGUGGGAGGUUAUGAGAACUUCCAGACGCGCUACAUGGAGGCCAUACCCACUCUGACUGGGGUCAACAUCAGUGAGAGCUGCUACACCCCUCGGCCUGACUCCUUCCACAUCUUCAGGGACGCGGUGACAGGGGACCUGCCCUGGCCAGGCCUGGUGUUUGGCCUCACUGUCCAGGCCACCUGGUACUGGUGCACUGAUCAGGUGAUUGUCCAGCGCUGUCUAUCUGCCAAGAAUCUUUCCCAUGUCAAGGCUGGCUGUAUCCUGUGUGGCUACCUGAAGCUGCUGCCCAUGUUCCUCAUGGUCUUCCCUGGCAUGAUCAGCCGAAUCCUCUACCCAGACGAGGUGGCUUGCGUGGAACCAGAGGAGUGUCUGAGGUACUGUGGGGCCAGUGUUGGCUGCACCAACAUUGCUUAUCCCAAACUGGUGGUGGACCUCAUGCCAAAUGGUCUGCGAGGCCUGAUGCUGUCGGUGAUGAUGGCGUCUCUGAUGAGCUCCCUGACCUCCAUCUUCAACAGUGCCAGCACCCUUUUCACGAUGGACAUUUACACCAAGAUACGCAGCUCCUCCUCUGAGAAGGAACUCAUGAUCGCUGGGAGGGUGUUUAUCCUGGUUCUGAUCGGGGUGAGUAUAGCGUGGAUCCCUGUGGUCCAGUCUGCUCAGAGCGGCCAGCUCUUUGACUACAUCCAGUCAAUCACCAGCUACCUGACUCCGCCCAUCGCUGCCACCUUCAUGCUCGCCAUCUUCUGUAAGCGCGUCAAUGAGCCGGGUGUGUUCUAUGGCCUUACGAUAGGCCUGGCUAUUGGCUUAACCAGGAUGAUCAGUGAGUUUGCCUAUGGGACAGGAAGCUGUGUGACCCCCACUAACUGUCCUGAGAUCAUCUGUGGGGUCCACUACCUCUACUUCUCCAUUAUUCUGUUCUGUAUCUCCUGCCUGCUGAUAGUCAGCAUCUCCCUCAUGACCAAACCCAUCGACGACAAACAUUUGCACCGCUUGUGCUGGCAGCUGAGGAACAGCACAGAGGAGAGGGUGGAUCUGGAGCUAGACAAUUGGAAAGAAGAUCAAGAACCUACCUAUGUGGAUAUUGAUGAUAAGAGAGAGCCCACCGAGGAGCCAGGCUGUUGUAAGAAGGCAGUGUUGAGCUUCUGUGGCUUGGAGAAAUCGACUGCUCCCAAGCUGAGUGCUGAGGAGCAGGCUGAGCUGCAGAGGCAACUCACAGACACCUCAGAGAAACCCAUGUGGAGGAACGUGGUCAAUGCCAACGCCAUCAUCCUCCUGUGCGUCUGUGUCUUCUUGCACGGCUUCUACGGUUAAACAUCUCCUCAUACUGGAACCCCCCCCUGCCCUGGAGUCUGGACUGUCUAACCAUAAACUUGGGUAGUCUCCUCUUUCAACCCUGAAAUCCCCCCUGACUCACAGGCCCACAAUGCACUGUGAAUUGCCACCUCUCUUACACUCCCUCCCUCUAUCCAUCAUCUGUACAGGUCGCUCUUAACCUCUUAACUCUGUAAUCUCCACACCCCCGCAACGUGGUCGAUCCUACGAACACCUUACCUAGCUCCAUACCUGAACGGGCCUAGGCCCU